GCCUUCUGUAACAGCUUCCUCAGCAACCAUGGCCACCUCAGCGAGCUCUCACCUGAGCAAAGCUGUAAAGCAAAUGUACAUGAAGCUGCCACAAGGGGAAAAAGUACAAGCCAUGUACAUAUGGAUUGAUGGGACUGGCGAGUUCCUGAGAUGUAAAACUCGGACGCUGGAACGUGAGCCCAAGAACGUCGAAGAUCUACCUGAGUGGAAUUUUGAUGGAUCCAGCACCUUGCAAUCCGAGGGUUCCAACAGCGACAUGUACCUUGUUCCAUCUGCUAUGUUCCGGGAUCCUUUCCGCAAAGACCCCAACAAGCUGGUCCUCUGUGAGGUCUUCAAGUACAACCGCAAGGUUGCAGAAACAAAUCUAAGGCAUAGCUGUAGCAAGAUAAUGGACAUGGUGUCUAACCAAAUCCCUUGGUUUGGGAUGGAGCAAGAAUAUACCCUUCUUGGAACAGAUGGACAUCCAUUUGGUUGGCCUUCCAAUGGCUUUCCUGGGCCGCAAGGUCCGUACUAUUGUGGUGUUGGUGCAGACAAAGCCUAUGGCCGUGACAUUGUGGAAGCCCAUUACAAGGCCUGCUUAUAUGCGGGCGUGAACAUUGGAGGCACAAACGCAGAAGUGAUGCCAGCACAGUGGGAGUUCCAGGUGGGUCCCUGUGAAGGGAUUGACAUGGGUGACCACCUCUGGAUUGCUCGAUUCAUCCUUCAUAGAGUAUGUGAAGAUUUUGGCGUCAUCGUGUCUUUUGACCCCAAGCCCAUCCCUGGGAACUGGAAUGGAGCAGGCUGCCAUACUAACUUCAGCACCAAAUCAAUGAGAGAGGACGGAGGCCUCAGCUACAUUGAAGAGGCCAUCGAGAAGCUGGGCAAACGCCACCAGUACCACAUCCGCGCUUACGACCCCAAAGGGGGGCUGGAUAAUGCCAGGCGCCUGACUGGUUUCCACGAGACAUCAAACAUCCACGAAUUCUCUGCUGGAGUAGCCAACCGAGGGGCCAGCAUCCGCAUUCCGAGGAGCACAGGCCAAGAGAAGAAGGGCUACUUUGAAGACCGCCGGCCCUCCGCCAACUGUGAUCCUUACGCUGUGACCGAGGCACUAGUCCGCACUUGCCUCCUCAACGAAACUGGGGAUCAGCCCUUUGAGUACAAGAACUGAGUGGACUUUGCCCCCCCCCACCACCACAGGCACCCACUCUCCUCCUCCUUCCAUAUUUCCCCUCUUAUAGAUGUUAAUCCUGAGGGCAUGAGAAAACCAUGUACGUGCCCCCUCCCCUACACACACACAUACACACACACACACAGAGAUACUUGUUCUGUUUUUGUUUUUUCUUGUGGGAAGGGGAGUUACUUUCAGUGUUUGUUCUGUCGCUCAAGGGACAGAGAAGUGGAAGAGUGGGCAUUAGAGGGGGGGGGAAGCCCCGUUAACCACUAUUUCGUCUAAUUCAUUUGUACGCCCUGACAGUGUUCGGAGGCUUCCAGGAAUAGAGUGCUCGGGAUGGAAACUUCAAGGAAAAUGUAGGCCUAGGGCCUCGGCCUAGGCCUCCCUCCAAAUAUACUCUUCUUGAGCGCUACUGAAAUCAGUGGGAAGUGCACAAAGGGUGCUGCCUUGCGUUAUCUGUUCACUUCAGCAGUGUUCGGUCGCUGAGGCAUUCUUGUGGGAUUCCACACUGAGAACAGCAUCUCUGGUGGUGCGAGGCAUAACCUGUGUUCUCCGUCACAGUUCCUCAAAGGCAGAAGGCUGUCCUAAUAGUCUCAUAUAUGGGGAUACAGGGUUCCUGAGCCAAUAUGAUCCCCUUUUUUUUGCCAGAACUGAACCUCUGAUCAUUCUUAUGACAAGAUUGCCAGGUUUUUCAUCCCAAAGUUUAAAAACAAAACGUAUACAAUUGUUAAAAGUUCUCAAAUGUUUUGAUCUGUUUCUGGAAGCCAUCUGACUUUUCUGUUUCUAACACAGAGUGAAGUAGUAUUUUUAUAUUUAAAUGUUAAAAAAAACAAAAAAAUCCACUAAAUCAGCCAUUUAUGGGAAGGGCUGAGGUUAUGGCCGGUGCUUGUUAGCCGUUAAGAUUCAGUUACGGAAUGGGGAGAAAAGGAAGAGAAAAGGCCGGGGGGGGAGCGGCAAGUUUUGUUUCCUUUUCCGAAUGUGGCUUGGAUGGUUCGUUAAGGACAAGGGGUUAUCAGUUUACAAGAUUGUAAGUUAAAACAGGUAUUAAAUUUUUUUUCUUUUAAUUUAAAAUGGAAGCCACUGAGCUGUCUUGGGCAGGGCUGCGUGCGGCUGGCUGCGGCAAGGAAGAUGCGUUUGUGUUUUUCAAUAAGGAGUUGGCUGGUCAACUUUCACCGUGUUAUUGCUGAUGAAUUGGCAGGGAAGGGGGGGGAGGGGAAUGAGCACGUUAAAAAUUUCCAAUAGGGUUUGCAUGGCAACUGAAGUGGGGCUUUUGAUAGAGAAGAAGGAAAAAAAAAAUGGGUUUUUAGAUUUGAAAUAACAUGUUUUUAGGGCUUUCUAAAGUUGUACAUUUUUACAGAGACCAGUGCUAUUCCUGUAGGUAUGUCCUGGCGUUUGAAAACGCCUGCCACUUCUUGCCAGGACCCCCUCCCCAACUAACAAACAUAGUUGCCCUCAGAGGUAAAGCUAGCGGGUUCAAACGUUCCGGGAUCUUGUAACUUGGUAUCUUGGAUGGUGCCGAUCAUGUUCCGCUGCAUUUGGACUUUGGAAUAGUUUUUGUUUUUUUUUAAUAAAAAAAAAGU